GCUUCUUACCUAUCACAACUUCACACACGUUGAUUGUUCUGUUCUUAAAUCGUAGGUCUCGUACUACAAUAUGCAUAUUGUGUUUCCCUAAUACCUAUUACAAAUAAUACAGUAGUGGGUAGAAUAAAUAAAAAUAGGCACAUACUACAUACAAAAAUAUUAAAUGACUGAAUCAUUAGACAAAUCAAAAAGAAAACAAUUUGGUAACAGGCUUUUAAAAAACGAUGAAGACGUUUUUAAACACAAUGCUUGGGAUAAUGUGGAAUGGAAUGAAGAACAAGAAAUUCAAGCUAUAUCAGAAGUAUGUGCGCAUGUGAAAACAAAAAUGCCUUCAGAAAAAGCUGCUGAUUUAGAAGACAAUGCUGAUGAAUAUUGGAAUAAGUUUUAUUCUGUCCAUCAAGAAAAAUUUUUUAAGAACAGAUGUUGGUUGUUCACUGAGUUUCCUGAAAUAACUUCUCUUAAAAAUGAAAAACCAACUUUUAUACUAGAAGUAGGAUGUGGCGUUGGAAAUUCGGUCUUCCCUAUAUUAUCACACUGUAUAGACAGCAAUGUACAUGUAUACUGUUGCGAUUUUUCUUCAAAUGCCAUACAAAUCUUAAAAGGAAAUUCAGAAUACAACGAAGAACACUGUACAGCAUUUGUAUGCGAUAUAACUAGUGAUGAAUGGAAUCCACCAUUUGCUUUAGAGAGUUUAGAUGUUAUAUUAUUGGUUUUUGUUCUUUCCGCCAUACAACCCGAAAAAUUAAAACAUGUAGUAAGCAUGUUUUAUAAGUACUUGAAACCAGGAGGUAUAGUAUUAUUUCGCGAUUAUGGAAGAUAUGACAUGGCACAGUUAAGGUUUAAAGAAGGAAGAUGCAUAUCAGAAAAUUAUUAUAGUAGAGGUGAUGGAACGUUGGUACACUUCUUUACUCAAGAUGAUGUCCAACAAUUAUUUUUGGAAGCUGGUUUUGAACAAGUUCAAAAUAUUGUCGAUCGUCGUAUGCAAGUAAAUAGAGGUAAACAGUUAAAAAUGUAUCGUGUUUGGAUUCAAUGUAAAUAUAAGAAACCUAUUUUAUAAUAAUUACCUAACUAAAAGAUGUAUAUAAAAUAAUUGUAUCUUAUAUAAAUUAAUAUUUAUUGAAUGUAACAUGCCAGAUGUCAAUGGUUAACAUCCAUUGCCAUUUUAACAUUUUCAAAAAUAUUGACUUUUUACUAUUUUUAUUUUUGUUCAUAUUUAUCAUGCUAAAUAUUAUAAGCACAGAAAUAUAAUUCCUGAUUAAACUUUUCAAAAUGUACAAACAUUCAAAUGCUUCAUGAAAUAUUCUUAACCUAAUUUUGACUUCAGCGUAAAAGAUAACAGCCACAGUGAAUCGUACCCACGUUUCUCCUCUCCAGUUACAUGGUCUGAGUCCAGUGCAAAAUAUAUUAAUGCAUUUUAAUGACUAACUGCAAGUUAUAUGCCAAAAUUUAAAAAUAAAAUAUAUGUGAAGACAGUUCUGGAAUAUAAAUUGUGAAUUUUUUAUUACCUAAUUGUGUCUUAUCAUAGUACACAGAGUAGCUGAAUAAUGAUAUCCAUCAUCUCUAAUAAUAAAAUGAUAGAAUAAUAA